AUGGCUCCACUCAUUUCCUCCUUCAACGAGAAUGUCCGUCCGAUGCUCGACGCGAUCGACAAGUUGCGAGUCCUGGGUCUCAAGGAAGAAGGAAUCGAGCUGCCAACGAUCGUCGUCGUCGGCGAUCAAUCCAGCGGCAAGUCGUCUGUGCUGGAAAACCUGUCCGGGAUCAACCUGCCGCGAGGCAAGGGGAUCGUCACUCGCGUGCCGUUGAUCCUGAGGCUCCAAUCGUGCGUCAACGGUCAAAAUGAGAUUACGAUCGAAUACACCCCGGUUUCUGGUAAAGUGUCCAAAGUCCUACCUGGCGAAGCGAUGAUAGAGCAGGAGAUUUCCGACGCGACGGUAGCUUUAGCUGGCAGCCGGAAAGGCGUCAUGAAUUGCCCGAUCACCCUGGAAGUGCGGCGACCAGAUUUGCCUGACCUAACCCUCGUCGAUCUCCCCGGAAUCACGCGCGUUCCUAUCGAGGACCAACCGAAGGACAUCUACAAUCAGGUGAAGGCGAUGAUUAUGCACUACAUCACUCCAAAAGAGAGCGUGAUUCUGAACGUGCUGGCAGCCGAGGUGGAUUUCUCCACGUGCGAGUCCAUCGUCAUGUCGCAAGAGGUGGACCCUGACGGCGAUCGCACCCUCGCUGUCGUCACCAAGGUCGACCGCGCUCCUGACGGCCUCUAUGAGAAGAUUCAAGGCAAUUCCGCUGUGGUGAGGCAGCUGGUUCAGGAGGUGGUGGAUAGCAUCGAAGGGCUGUGCUUGCUCCUUGUGAAUGAUUGCUUUGCGUAUGCAACGGAGGUGCAGCAGGCUGUGGCGUCUCAUGUCUGUGGGAUAUACCCUGGCUUGAACAACGUGGUUCACCUGCAAGGCCUCCAUGCUCUGAGGGAGGCCAAGGAGUCUGCAAACCGUUUCGUUCAGGACACGCUGAAAAAGGAAAGGAAGGUGAUUUUCACGCUCAACCACUACUACAUGGAUACGGUUUCCAAAAUCCAUGUGAAGAUGGCCGAUUUCAAAAAAGCAAAUGCUCAAGGCCAAGCUUCCCUUUAUCCCUCUGUUGAGGAUUUCGCUUCCAGCCGUGCUUCACUCGGCAACCUGAUCAGCAAUGAAGACCAGGCAGCGAGGGACCUGCAGAUCAACAUGUUCUCGUAUGCCAAGGUGAUGCACAAGCGGAUGUGUGACGCGAUUCCCAUGGAGAUUCGCAUGUGCCUUGAGACCGCCCUGCUGGAUAGCACUGACGGCGCUGUGUGGCGGGAGAUUCAUGGAGGAGACAUCUCCAAGAUUGCGGCUCUCAAGGCAGUUGACCAGCAACGAAGGGCUCGGCUGGAAGAGAGCAUAAAAAGGUUGAAGGCGUCUGAAGCCACACUGCUGGGCCUUGCGUUUGACCCUCCCAGGCUGCUGGCUUAG